GCCCCGCCUCCGGCCGCGGGGGCUGCUGGGCCGGGGCCCAGCUCCGGCCUUUAAAUAGCGGGACGAGCUCAGGCAGCUCUACUGCCACAAGGAGUCGGGGAGUGAGUUUCUGUGUCAUAAGGAUCGUGGCGGGGCGUCGCAGACCCUGCCGGAACCUCACGAAAUAGGAUCCCACAAUGGCUGAGAAUGGUGACAGUGAAAAAAUGACUGAUCUGGAGUCCAAAAUUUGCCAACAAAUUGAGUACUAUUUUGGUGACUUUAACCUUCCACGAGACAAAUUUUUAAAGGAACAGAUCAAAAUAGAUGAUGGCUGGGUACCUUUGGAGAUAAUGAUCAAAUUCAACAGAUUAAGCAAACUAACAAAAGACUUUGAUGUGAUAAGAAGUGCUCUAAAGAAAUCAAAGGCAGAACUCAUGGAAGUUAGUGAGGAUAAAACUAAAAUCAGAAGAUCUCCAAGCAAACCCCUCCCUGAAGUAACAGAUGAAUAUAAAAAUGAAGUGAAAAACAGAUCCAUCUAUGUUAAAGGUUUUCCAACAGAUGCAACCCUUGAUGACAUAAAAGAAUGGUUAGAAGGUAAAGGUCAAGUACAAAAUAUUCAAAUGAGGAGAACAUUACAUAAAGCAUUUAAGGGAUCGAUAUUUGCUGUGUUUGAUAGUGUUGAAUCUGCCAAGAAGUUUAUAGAAACCCCUGGACAAAAAUACAAAGAUACAGAGCUGCUGAUACUCUUUAAGGAAGAUUACUUUGCAAAAAAGAAUGAAGAAAGGAAGCAAAAUAAAGUAGAAGCUAAAGCAAAAGCUAAACAAGAGCAAGAAGAAAAACAGAGGCAAGCAGAAGAUGCUGAAUUGAAAUCCCUGGAUGAAAAGAUUGGAUGCUUGCUGAAAUUUUCUGGUGACUUAGAUGAUCAGACCUGUAGAGAAGAUCUUCACACACUUUUCUCUAACCAUGGAGAAAUAAAGUGGAUAGACUUCAUCAGAGGAGCAAAAGAGGGAAUAAUCCUAUUUAAAGAAAAGGCAAAAGAAGCACUGGACAAAGCCAAUGAAGCAAAUAAUGGAAACUUAAAAUUAAGGAACAAAGAUGUAACAUGGGAAGUAUUAGAAGGAGAGACAGAGAAAGAAGCUUUGAAAAAAAUCAUUGAAGACCAACAGGAAUCCCUAAAUAAAAUGAAGUCAAAAGGUCGCAAAUUUAAAGGAAAAGGAAGAGGAGGCGGUAAAGCUGUCCAGGGUACACCCAAUAAAGGAAAAAUACAAUUCCAAGGCAAGAAAACAAAAUUUGAUAGUGAUGAAGAACAGGAAAAUGGUGAUGCUGGAGGAUCCCUUAAAAGGACACGAGAAGAACCUGAAAAAGAAGAGCCUGCACCAAAACAACUGAAAACAGAAAAUGGAGCUGGAGACCAGUAGCUUGAUACAAAAAUUUUUAUUAAUUUUAAAUAAGUUUUAAGCUGUUUCACAUUUGGGGGUCUUUAAAAAGAAAACCGAAUUAAAUCCACUUCAAUGUCCACCUAUAAUAGAAGGAAAGACUAUUUUUGUUUAACUUGUUUUUGUUAUCCAGGUAGCCUUACUCAAUCUGGAUGGUUUUUUUAUAUGUAUAAUUUUGUUCAUGAUAUCAAAUGUUGGCAUUUCAGACAUCGAUCUGAACAUCAAAAGAAAGGUUAUUUCGGUGAAGCCGAGCUCUGUAAUGUUGGAAAUACCAACAAAUAAAACAUAUACUACAUAAAAGGCCAAACUGUCCCAACUGCUAUUUUUAUAAAAUUUCCUUCAUUUUUAACAGAGUGGAAAUCAGGCUUGCUUAUUUUCCUUAACUGUAGCCAUCCCCAAGAGAAGGAUGGAUUAAGUGCAUAUUUAACAUAAUAUAUGGGGGGGGGGGACAGCUAGGUGGCACAGUGGAUAAAGCACUGGCCCUGGAUUCAGAAGGACCUGAGUUCAAAUUUGGCCUCAGACACUUGACACUAGCUGUGUGACCCUGGGCAAGUCACUUAACCUGCUCGGAAAAAAUAUAUGUAUAGAUACAUACACACACACACAUACAUACAUACAUACAUAUAUAUAUAUGUGUGUGUGUGUGUGUGUGUAUCUCAAUGUAUAGGGUGGUUCAACAUCUAUGUAACAAUUUACUACUACAGGUUUUUCUCCUACCCUCUAGGUAACUUGUUGGAAGAAGUUAUCUACUAACUGAAUAUUAACUUUAACAUGUUUGACUUAAGUACUUUGUUCAAAUACCCACCUUUAACUUUCUAUUUGUAAAUAAUCAUGUUCUCUAAGGGCCCCAUUAAUUCUAAAAUUAUCUUUUCAGUGGUUAUAUCAUAAACUUUAACUUACUGUUUUUUUCUUAUGAAAUUUGUAUGAUGCUGGUAGGUCAUAUCGUAGCUCUGGAAAAGCAAAAACAAUGAUUUAAUUGAAAGAUAGUGUUCAAAACUGGUUUAAUACCAGGAUUUUUCAGAAACUAGGUGCUAUGGGCAUUGGCUUUUACAAGUUAAAAAUUGUUUCUUUCCUAUGCUAUAUAAAGCAAAGCUGCUAUAAACAAAUAAGAUGGAAAUCCUUGCUUACAAAAGAUAACAUACAGGUUAUUAAAUGAAAACUUGGUUGUGAAUGCUACAAAGUGAAUAAAUUUAAUUUUUUCAGUA